AUGGAAAACAAAAGAUUCUCUGCAACAGCAAAAGGAAAAAGUAUUGCUCAGGUAACCUACCAACCGCCAAGAAAAGAUAGAGUAAAAGUUCAAGACCCCAAGAAUGAAUACCUACUGCAGAAACAUUCCCUCACCCUAAUAGGUCGAGUUACCAACCCUAGCUCCCAAAAAGUCCAAAACCUCUUGCCAUUCUUCACGGAGAAAUGGAGCACGGAGUCACGUCCCGUCGGCUCGGACCUGGGACAAGGAAUGUUUCAAUUUCAAUUCGAGAGAGAAGAAGACCUCCUCAAGGUUCUGGAGAAGCGACCAUACAACUAUGCAAGAUGGAUGGUCAUUGUCCAGAGAUGGGAACCUACCACAGCCCCGGAUUUUCCCUCACUCAUUCCUUUUUGGAUCAAAGUACAAGGAGUUCCAGUACACCUAUGGACUGAGGAGACAAUCCAAACAGUGGGAAAAAAUAUCGGAGUGUACGAAGAUGCGGAAAUUUCCUCCCUCAACUUCCGCAUGAGAGUCCAUAUAAAUGGCCGUCUUCCCCUCAUAACUAGCUCCAUCAUCGAGUAUCCCAAUGGAGAUGAAGUGGUAGCAAAGCUAGUAUAUGAAAAUUUGGAAAGACACUGCUCAAAAUGCUUCAGACUCGAUCAUGAGCUGCGAGACUGCCUUCAAGCAAAAGCAGAAAAGAAAGAGCGACUUAAGGAAAUGGAAAGACAGGAGGAGACCCACUUCCGGACAGACAGUCCUCCACGACGUCGGGAGAGAGAAGAUCAUCAUGUUUCUCGUCCGACCACUGGAAUAGACAGGCGUACCAACCUGAAGAAUGCCCGGCACUAUGGAGUUGGUCGUGAUAGCCACAAAGACUGGAACACACAAUCUCCAAGAUACCAGAACCAGGUUGAACGCCACCGUCCUGAAGAGAAACAAACUCACUGGUACAGACAACAGUAUCACGAUUGUCACCAGUCAAACUCGCGAGACUCCUCGAGAGCAAGAACUUCCCACACCUCGGUGUAUAGAGAAGUAAGCAAACAAGGCAGACCCAGAUCAAAUUCACCCACCAAGGAGUAUAAUCAGGCGAAGAACAUAUCAAACCAACGGGCGGAAAGAGGGGGGUCCCGAGAUGAGUCAAGUAACUCAAAGGAGGCACCUAGACACUCGGAUAGAGGGAUUCCUCUCCGGAGUACGCAGGUGGACCUACCUAGAGAAGCAGUGGAGGAAGCUAUUGGGGAAAUACGUGAUGUUAUGAUACAAUACACAUCAUGUGCGGACCCAACAGAAAGCGCAGCUAGGAAAGAACGCUUCAGGCAAGCAGAGGAACAAGGACAAGUCGAAGAAACAGCGGUCCAAAUGGUGAAGGCUUCCCUAGCCACACAGCCAACACAGACCGAAGGAACAGAAGCACAAAGCAGCCCGGCGAGAAUCCCUGCGUUACUACGACUGGGACCAACGACAUCACCUCCUGAAGACCAGAACCAACAGGACGCUCAACAACAAGCUAAGGCAACUACUCGAAGAAAGCCUGGGAGACCACCAGGAAGCAGAAAAUCACAGAGUAGCCCCAACACACUUGCUGGAGCAAAUUCCCGAAAACGCAAGGAAAUUAUCGACGACGCAGGAACAAGAUCCCCCAGUCAAAGGAGCCAAGAACAGGGCAGGAAGCUCCAAAACAAAGGGAGGUCAGCAAGGAUCAUCUCUGGAUUCAGAUCAACCACUCUGCAAGAUGAUCCCGGCAACAAUGAAGAGGAAGAAAACGGAUUUUCAGAAUCCGUUAACUCCCGUUCCUUAAAGAUAUUGAGCUGGAACUGUCAAGGGUUGGGGAAUCCCUGGACAGUUCAACGACUCCAUGAACUGAAGAAGAGCACAGACCCGGAUAUUAUAUUUCUCAUGGAGACAAAAAAUCCCAAUGAGUUCGUCCUGGACAAACUCGAUCAUCUCGGAUAUGAGUUCUAUGAUCUCUUUCCACCAGUAGGACAUGGCGCAGGUGGACUAGCACUCCUCUGGAAACAGGAAAUACAACUCGAAGUUCUUGAGGCCAAUGCCAACCUACUGGACACGACCAUAGAGUACGAAGGCAAGAAAUUUUUUGCCUCCUUUGUUUAUGGAGACACAGACAGAAACCGCCGGAAACAAUUAUGGGAUCACCUAGUACUCACAGCGGAUCUCCGAGACUCACCUUGGUUCAUUACCGGAGAUUUCAAUGAUCUAGUCAGCAAUGAAGAAAAGGAUGGAGGUCCAGAACGCCCAGAAGGAUCGUUCUCUGACAUGAGAACCUUCCUAGCAGAAGGAGAUCUUUUUGAUCUGCAACACACAGGGGAUUGUUUGUCUUGGAAGGGCCAGCGGGGAGUACAUUAUGUUAGAUGCAGAUUGGACCGAGCAGCGGCGAACACUAGCUGGGCUGAGAGAUUUCCGACGGCUAGAUGUGUUUACCUCCCCUAUGAGAGUUCGGACCACAAACCACUCUUGUCAAUCUUUGAGCCGGCAAGGAAAAGACGUCGUGGUCUCUUCAGAUACGACAGGAGGUUAAAAGACAACCCUGAAGCCACAGAACUGAUCAGAGCUACCUGGCACUCAGCAAGAAAUAAAACCGUAGCGGAGAGGAUAGGUUUGGUACGCGGAGCAAUUUCCAGAUGGAAUAAGACCAAACAGACCAAUAGCCGAAUCCUUAUAGAGCAGAAGAGAGAAGAUCUCGAGGAAGCACAGACAAGUUCAGUGAAUGAUGUAAGCCUGAUCAACAAGAUAUCGGAGGACUUGAAAGCAGCAUACAAAGCGGAAGAAGCUUACUGGAGACAAAGGAGCCGACUACUAUGGCUGAAACUAGGAGACCGAAACUCCGGUUUCUUCCAUGCUACAACGAAGAAGAGGAAAAGAGCAAAUGACUUCUCCGUUUUAGAAGAUCCCGAUGGCACACCUGUCUAUACGGAAGAGAAAAUAUCAGAGGUGGUGAUCCAAUACUUCCAAAAUUUAUUCACAAGCUCACCGGGAGACCGCGAGGAAAUAGUGGAGAGAGCUCUAUUGCCUGUAAUCACUCAAGAAGAGAACGACAUCCUCAGUUCAAUCCCUUCGGCUGCGGAAAUAAAAAAGGCAGUUUUCUCUAUUCACGCGGACAAAGCACCAGGCCCGGAUGGUUUCUCCGCCGGAUUCUUCCACUCCAAUUGGGAAUCCAUUGGUAUUGACAUUAUAUUAGAGAUCCAAAGUUUUUUUGAAACCGGGAAACUGCCCCCAAAAAGCAACGAAACUCUCGUCCGUCUCAUUCCGAAGAUCAAAAGCCCUCGGACAGUGGCGGAGUAUAGACCGAUAGCGCUAUGUAAUGUGUAUUACAAAAUCAUCUCAAAGAUUUUGACCAAGCGCAUCCAGCCACUCCUCUCCUCUAUCAUAUCCGAAAACCAAUCCGCAUUUGUGCCGGGGAGAGCAAUCUCGGAUAAUGUCCUAAUCACCCACGAAGUGCUCCAUUUCCUCCAGACCUCUAAAGCAGAGAAACGGUGCUCCAUGGCAGUAAAGACGGACAUGAGCAAGGCCUAUGAUCGGCUCGAGUGGGAAUUCAUUCACCUAGUUCUUGAUAGACUCGGAUUCCACCCCCGUUGUAUAACGUGGAUCAUGGAAUGUGUCACCACUGUUACCUACGCUUUCCUCAUCAACGGCUCGCCUAGAGGAAAAGUGAAACCGAGUAGGGGAAUCCGCCAAGUAGACCCACUCUCACCAUACUUAUUUAUUUUGUGUAGUGAGGUCCUCUCGGGACUGUGUAACAGAGCUCAAGAAUCAGGAUCACUAGCUGGUAUCCAGGUUGCCCAUGGGUGUCCACGGGUUAACCAUUUACUUUUCGCCGACGAUACGAUGUUUUUCAUCAAAGCCAAGAAAGAGGAUGCCACGGCCCUAAAGGGAAUCCUCCAGAGCUACGAAGCCGCCUCGGGCCAAACUAUCAAUCCGGAGAAAUCCUCCAUCACUUUCGCAAAGAAGACCCCGAGCUCUCUCAAGACCUGUAUCCGUGACGCUCUUGGAAUCCAAAAGGAGGGAGGUAUGGGUAAAUAUCUAGGCCUACCCGAGCUCUUCGGGAAGAAGAAAAAAGAUCUGUUCUCGGCUAUUGUGGAUAAGAUAAAGGUAAAGGCAAGCAGCUGGUCAAACAAGCACCUCUCAACAGCUGGAAGACUGGUUAUGCUCAAAAGUGUGCUAUCUCCUAUUCCGUCUCACGCGAUGAGCUGUUUCAAGCUUCCUGUCUCGCUGUGCGAUAGAAUUCAGUCAGCACUGACUAGAUUUUGGUGGGAUGGAAGCAGUGAAACCCGCAAAAUGGCCUGGAUUUCGUGGGACAAGAUGACUCGAUCCAAGGGAGCAGGAGGCCUGGGCCUUCGAGACGUCCAAAGCUACAACGACGCUUUCUUAGCUAAGCUAGGCUGGAGGCUCCUUAAUAAUCCAGCGUGCCUGCUCAGCCGGAUCCUAAAAGGGAAAUAUUUUGAAGACACUUCGUUCAUCCAAGCUCAGAGCCGAUCAGUGCAAUCCCAUGGCUGGAGAAGUAUACUCAUAGGACGGGACCUCAUCAUGAGCAAUGCAGGAUGGGUAGUGGGAGAUGGCAAGACAAUCGACAUCUGGAAUGAUCCUUGGCUCAACUGUAAGGUACAAGAAAGACCAAUGGGACCGACCCCGGAGGCGCAGCAAAACCUGAAAGUUGAGAGCCUUUUCUUGCCUCACAAGACCGAAUGGAACAGGGACGCAAUCAACAGCAUAAUACCAUUUGAAGAAGAGAAAAUUCUCAUGAUCAAGCCAAGUACCACUGGGGCUCCGGACAAACUGGUAUGGCUUGGAACAUCUACAGGCGAAUACAGCACCAAAUCAGGUUACUGGACAGCAUUGAAAGCACGUCGGGACGUUCAUGCCGUAACAGAGCAGACUAUCCAUCAGGAACCUUUCGAAUGGAAUAAAAACAUCUGGAACCUCCACACGGCCCCAAAGAUCAAACUGUUCCUAUGGAAGAUCAUGAACCAAGCAAUCCCUGUCGGAGCCCAGUUGGCAGCUAGGAACAUUGGAACCGCUACACCAUGUAAGCGUUGCGAUAUCGUAGAAUCUAUCAGUCAUCUUCUCUUCCACUGUGAGUAUGCCCAAAAGGUCUGGUCUCUAGCCCCUUAUACUCACUGCCUGGACUCUAGAGGACUGGUAGAUUUUGCAUCUUGUUGGCCUACUCUAACCAAACUGACCUGUCUUCCGCCCACGGGUGUUGGCUCGGGACCGCUAGCGCCGUGGAUCCUAUGGUCCAUCUGGUUAGCAAGAAAUAACCUCCUUUUCAAUAACAAAGCAAUUUCACCAGAGGAAACCAUGACCAAAGCCCUCUCGGCAGCAAGGGAAUGGUUAGCGGCGCAAACAACGGUGGCCCCUGCUCUGCGAGUACCAGCGAAACCACCGCAUUUUCACCCACUGGAUUGCAUUGUUAUACAUUCAGAUGCGGCUUGGCACUCAGAACGGUUUCUUGCAGGGCUUGGAUGGAUCAUCGACACUGGAAUCAACAGCCGCUCGUACAUGGCGCAUUGCUUCUUCGUCAACUCAGCACUGGUGGCAGAAGCGCUAGCACUAAGGGAAGCACUGGCAACAUGCAUCGAUACGGGACUCCGCCGAGUGCAUUUCAAGUCUGAUUCGCUACAACUUAUCAAUGCGAUAAACUCUAGCUCCUCAUACCCUGAGGUGUAUGGUGUGGUUGCUGAUAUCCUCAGUCUCUCUCUUGCUUUUGAGUCUGUUUAUUUCUCUUGGAUUCAACGGGAAAACAACAAGGAGGCAGAUGCCUUGGCUAAGCAAGCCUUGUUGAAUGAACCUUUUGUAAUGACCUCCUUUGACAUUGGAGCCUAAGUAUGAAUGAAUGAAAAAUCUGUGUUACAAAAAAAAAUAUAUAUAUAUAGCAAACAAGAGAGAGCAAAAACCCUAAAUAAUCAAACUAAGAAACUCUCUUUCUUUCCAAAGUUUUCUUUCAUCGGAAUGACAACGGAGACUGAGAGUUCGCACUUGACACAGUCAUCAUCAUCUUUACCUCCACAACCUCAAAAUCCAGUCGAUCAUCUGAGAUGCAACGAUUCAUCAACACAAGGUCUUCAAAACGGUAUGGAUUCCAUUCAAACCUCCACGAUCCAUAAUUUACCAUGCUUGUGAUUUUUCCUUUUUUCUUACUUUCUUGCUUUACAAGUUUCCUUAGAUUUUCAAGUAAAAUAGAAAUACAAAUUUCUAUAAACCUAAUCUUUUUUUUGGUUGAAUGUUACGUACAGAUGGAAUGAAUAAUAAAGGAUUGCAGAUUCUGCCUUCUGAUGACUUUUACAGUUGCAUUGUUUUCAACAUAACUCAACUUAAGAAUAUACUACUUAGCUGCUUCAACCCACACGAGCCCGACAAUAUAGCAAGAGAAGCCAACGAAGAGCUCAGCAAACCACAAGCUAUUGCAGAGUCUAGCCAUGUUUACCAAUCUAUCCCUUCUGGUGAACACAUUCAAAAAGACGUUGCCUCCGAGCUGGUGUUUGGUACUCAAAGUUUAUCUUCCGCUUUUCCACCUCGACAGACUGAUGGAGGAUUCGAGGCAUUGAGUAAGAACUUCAAGCAGUGCGAGAUAUGGAAUGGUCCUCAAGGAAACAACAAUCAAGAAGAUCAAAUUGUUAAUACUAUUGAAGGAUCUGCUUACACGAUCCCCCGCAAGCCCCUUGACCCUAUCGGAAGACCUUUCAAUCCGUUUGGCCCUAUCGAGCGACCCAUCCCACGUUUGCCCUCUAGUUCUGAACUAGCAUAUUUGGGAUUCGCGUAAAAUACAAGUUUCAAGAACGUA